AUGUCUUUUGUUUCUGCCUCAGCGGCAGUUCUGGCCCUCUGUGCUCAUAGCGUAUCCGGAUGGGUCAUCGGAACCCAACAGACAGAGACGCACCCAAAAAUCACAUGGCAGCGUUGCACUGGCACAGGCGGAACAUCCUGCAGUAACGUGAAUGGAGAAAUUGUCAUUGAUGCCAACUGGCGUUGGCUCCAUUCAACCGGGGGCUACACGAACUGUUACACCGGUAACGAGUGGAACAAGACAGCCUGCCCUGACAAUGCAGCAUGCACCAAGAACUGCGCGAUUGAAGGCUCCGAUUACCGUGGAACCUAUGGUAUCUCGACUUCGGGAAACUCCCUCAGUCUCAAGUUCAUCACAAAGGGCCAGUACUCGACAAACAUUGGGUCCCGUACCUAUCUGAUGAAGGAUACCAACAACUAUGAAAUGUUCCAACUUAUCGGUAACGAAUUCACUUUCGACGUCGAUCUCUCACAGUUGCCAUGCGGUCUGAAUGGCGCUCUGUACUUUGUAUCCAUGCCUCAGAAGGGUCAGGGGACACCGGGUGCUAAAUACGGAACAGGAUACUGCGAUGCGCAGUGCGCACGAGACUUGAAGUACGUUGAUGGCCAAGCCAACGCCGAAGGCUGGACGGCCUCGUCAUCCGACCCCAACGCAGGCAUCGGCAAAAAGGGCGCAUGCUGUGCCGAGAUGGACGUUUGGGAGGCAAACUCCAUGGCUACAGCCCUGACCCCACAUUCCUGCCAGCCCGAAGGCUAUUCCGUCUGUGUAGACGACAAGUGCGGCGGUACCUACUCGCUCGAUCGCUACGCCGGUACCUGCGACGCCAACGGCUGCGACUUCAACCCCUAUCGCGUUGGAGUGACGGACUUUUACGGCCGGGGCAAGACCGUCGAUACCACCAAGAAGAUGACAGUCGUAACGCAGUUCCUGGGCUCUGGCAACAAACUCACCGAACUCAAGCGCUUCUAUGUACAAAACGGUAAAGUCUUUGCUAACCCCGAGCCUACUGUUCCCGGCAUGACAGGAAAUUCAAUCACUCAGCAGUGGUGCGACACGCAACAACAAGUCUUCCAAGAAGAAGUCUAUCCCUUCAACAAAUGGGGUGGCAUGGACUCGAUGGGUAAGGGUAUGGCGCUAGGCAUGGUCCUGGUCAUGUCGCUCUGGGAUGACCACUACGCCAACAUGCUCUGGCUCGAUGGCAACUACCCAGUCGACGCAGACCCAGCGAAGCCCGGUGUGGCGCGCGGCGCAUGCGAAGCCGGCAGCGGUGUGCCUGCUGAUGUGGAAGCCAGCAAUCCUAAUGCUCAGGUUGUAUUUUCCAACAUCAAGUUUGGCCCGAUUGGAAGUACGUUUGCGCAGCCUAAGUAA